AUGGAUAAUCUUAAGAAAAGAAAUGCAACCUUUCUCACAAUUGGACUGAUAUUUCUACUCAGUGGUAUUGAGUAUGCUGUAAUUCUCCCUACAAUAUGGAGAUACUUGCAGAUCCUGGAGGCCCCCCCUUAUUUUCUGGGUCUGGGUCUCUCUGCCUUCAGCCUGAGUGGACUGCUCACAGGUCCCCUCUUUGGGCUCUGGUCAGACCGAACGAGAACUACAAAGUCCAUAAUCCUUUUCGCCAAUGUAUUUGAGAUAGUUGGUAACUUCAUGUAUUUCAUGGGAUACUCAAAAUGGAUGCUGUUGUGCAGUCGGCUUGUAGCAGGUAUUGGUGCUGGAGCAGGCUCCUCCAUCUUCAGCUUCCUGACACGAAGCACGCGUCCAGAGGAGCGCGCUGGUGUCUUUGCUGCCAUCAUGGCUUGUCGCCAGGCCGGACUCCUCAUUGGGCCAGCUUUCAACCUCUUCCUGCGUUUGUGCGACUUUAAGCUGGGGCCGUUUGUGGUGAACAAGUACACCUCACCUGGGAUCUUCAUGUGUCUGAUGUGGAUCUUGCUCCAGUUUGUGGUCCUGGCUAUGUACUGGGACGUGCCACCUCUCAACUCUGAAGAGGAGGGUCUGAUGGUGGUGGAGCUGACGGACGACGAGAGGGAGCUCUUGGUCGACCCCGAAGACGCCCUGGACGCCUACGGCGCCGUUCAUCCCGACCAAUCGGAGACCGCCAUCUCCUCUGAGAUCCAGCCUUUCCAGGACACGUCCCAGUGUCCCCCGUCUCCUCCUCCCUCCCCCCUUCCGUCGACAGGUCCGGCCCUCGGCAACCCUUUCAAGAACUUCAGUGCUAGCAGAGAGUUUUUGAGGGAGGAAGUGGUGGUGCUCCUCACAGCUCAGUUCAUCACUCUCUUCAACCAGACUGCACUAGAGACCAUGGUGACCCCUCUGACCCAACGCUGCUUCAGCUUUGGCGAGCUGGGGAACAGCCUGAUGUACGGUCUGUGCGGUGUGGAGGUCAUCCUGGGCUUCUUCUUCGUGCGCUGGCUCAGCGGCCAGGUGUCGGACCGCGCCGUGCAAGCCGCCGGCCUGGUCAUCUGCAGCACCGCCUGCGUCUGGUGCCUCAUCUUCCUGGCCGACCCACAGGGCGGUUACUCCUGGGAGAUGACAGAGUUCAUCAUCGGGGUGUUCCUGCAGCUGCUGGGUCUCCCCUUCGUUGCUGUGUCCCAGGUGUCCCUGUUCUCCAAAGUCACAGCUGAAAAAACACAAGGCUUCAGUCAGGGUGUGCGGCGCUCUGUUGGGGGGCUGGCCACCAUCCUGGGGCCUCUGUGGGCAGGUGGGCUGACUGGUAACCUGUACCUGAUGCUCGGGCUGAUGCUGGCUCUGCUCAUCAUGAUCACCGUCAUGACUGCGUUGUCCUACAGUCGUCUGGUGGAGCCCAAGGUGGUGCAGCAUGCCCAGAGCUUCGACAGCGGGGGUCAGAGCUGA